AUGGGUGGUAACACGACAGACUCAAAGAGGAAUGCGACUCCAAGCAUCAGGGGUGUAGACUUGAGGGAGUUGUAUUCUGAGAACGUAGCUGCGAAAGUAUUUCAAGUGGCUCAGCGAGGAUUAAAGCAAGCAGCUCCACUGCUGACAUACCCACACACCGUACCUCAAACUGGCCCCGACGCAGGGCGUUAUGAGGAGCGAGAAGCAGAUUUUUGGACAUGCGGUUUCUUCCCUGGAUGCAUAUACACAAUCAUUGAGCGCGCAGUACGAUAUCCGCAAGCUCUAGACAUACCAGAACAUGUUCGUCCACAGUUCCAGGAGCAGCUACUGAAGAUUGGCCGACACUGGAAUGUUGCGAUCAAUCAAAUGAGUACGCGUACUGAUACGCAUGACAUGGGCUUCAUUAUACAGCCUGCUUUACAGAAGGAUUGGGAGCUGACAGGGAACAAAGAAAGCCUCCAGUCUGUGGUCAACGCUGCGUAUGCACUCGCCUCGAGAUACGACGAGAAAGUCAAAGCGAUCAGAAGUUGGGACGUCGCAAUCAACGACCGCUAUUCAAUUACUGACAUGAACACUAACUUCCUGGUUAUCAUUGAUAGCAUGUGCAAUCUCGAUUUGCUCUAUUAUGUCGGCCACAACCAACAUGACCAAACUCUGAUCGACAUCGCAACCCAACACGCGGACUCGAUCAUUCACGAGAUCCUACGCCCAGACUUUUCCUCCUACCACCUCGUGAACUUCGACCCACGUACCGGCCUCUCCCAAGCGAAGAUGACCAAUCAGGGGCACAAAGACGAGUCAACAUGGAGUCGCGGCCAAGCGUGGGCAAUAAUGGGUUUUGCGCAAGUCUACACAUGGACCAAAGACAUCAAGUAUCUCCAAACAGCAAUCAAAUGCGCAGAGUACUUUUUGCGGCGAUGCAGGGAAGGAGAAGGGAAAUGGCACCACCCUCUCAUCCCACUAUGGGACUUCGACGCCCCACUCGACGACCUUUCGGAACCACUACGGGACGUUUCAGCUGCUAUGGCUACUGCCAAUGGUCUGCUCAUCAUUCACCAAUCCCUCCAAAGCUUGUCUACUUCGGAAGCAUCGCAUAUCGCCGACCCAUCGACCAGUUUCCUUGACAUCGCCUUGCAGAUUGUGCGUCAAACACUCGACAUGUCUUACGAUCGGGAUUUCGCUUCCUUCGAAGCGCCAGUCAGGACACUGGUCAAUGGCGCAGGUGCGGCAGAAAUCAAAGUCGAGGAAAGUGGCUUUGAUGCCAUUUUGAGGAACAGUACCACGAACUGGAACCCGGACGCGCAUAAGAAAUACAAAGACCACGGGCUGGUGUAUGCGGAUUAUUAUUUGUUGGAAUUUGGAAACAAGUUGUUGAGGGCCGGGCUCUUGUAG